AUGUUUUCAUCUGCAUUCUCUGAUUUUUCUGAAUUUGUUUCUAACACAACUGAGUGCACAGAACUUCAAUUGGAACCAUUCAAACCUGAAUUUACCUAUCCUAUAUUCGGUGAACAGGAAACAGUAUUUGGAUACAAAGGACUCCAAAUAAAGAUUAAUUAUGCAUCCGGCUCAUUGAAAACCUAUCUGAAUAUAAGCUACAAAGAGAAAUUUAAUGGUCAAGGGACCAAUGACACCGGUGUAUUGGAAGCAGCCGAUAUUAAAGGCACACUAAGUGAAUAUUUACCUUCAGACGUGCUUUCCAAUUAUGAUGAAUUCAUUCGUAUUGUUCAGGAAGACGCAAAAACUUUUAAGCCUUUGGGUGAGAAAAUGAGCGAAUACAAAGUUGAAACCGAAGAUGGUGAUGAAGAACAAUAUGAGAUUUACAGAACUACCUUUUCCAAUACAAAGUUCAGAUCAUAUCAUGACAGAAUGCAGUUGUUUGCAUUGUUGUUUAUCGAAGGUUCAAGCUACAUUGACAAUGAAGAUGAGAAAUGGGAGAUUUAUACAGUGUUCGAAAAACAAGGUCAAAAUGAAUCUGCCGUGUAUCACUUUGUUGGGUAUUGCACUGCGUAUCCUUUCUUCUGCUGGCCCGAGAAUAUUCGUAUGCGUAUCAGUCAAUUUUUGAUUCUUCCUCCAUAUCAAAAACAAGGUCAUGGCAACUCUCUCUAUCAAACACUUUAUUGCAUCUUUACGACACGUAAUGAAGUCUGUGAACUCACAGUGGAAGAUCCUAAUGAAGAAUUCAGUAAUUUGAGAGACAAAAAUGAUAUGCGUAUCCUACGAGAUCAACAUGCCUUCCAAGGCCUUCAAGCUCCUGUUCCAGAAGAGAAGAUUAAGGAGCUCCAAAAACGUUUCAAGUUGACUGAACGCCAAAUCAGACGAUGCGUUGAAAUGUAUUUGCUUUCCAAACUCAACAAGCUGGAUAGUGCAGCUUAUAAGGCUUAUCGACUUCAAGUAAAACAGAGACUUUAUUUGUUUAAUAUCGAUGCCCUGAAAGACAUGGAUGCUGAUGAAAUGAAGGAAAAGCUUCAAGCUACUUAUGAUGGUGUAGAGGAAGAGUACCAUGAUUUAUUGGAGCAAGUCUAA